AUAAAGUGAAAAUGUUAUUUCCCGAUAAUUCCUUGAGAUUAUUUUCGAUUAACUGAUUUACAGACAGAUAACAUAUGCUCCUAUUAAAUUAUAUGCAGAUGCUUCAUUUAAUAUAAAGGUUUGAAUAUCGAAAGGAAGUAACACAAAGUUAUCAGGAUUUGAAAUGUGGCCUUACCUAAAAGAAUAUAAACAUUUUGCGAAUGUCUAUAGAUUAAGGACUGCUGUAAGAUGGAAGUCUUCAACAAAAGUACUAGCUGUUCGUCGAGAAGAUGCAUCUGUUUGGGAGAGAAGAGCUCCACUAGGUCCCCAUCAUGUUAAGCAGCUGACAAAAGAAGGAACAAAAGUAUUAGUUCAACCAUCCAACAGAAGAGCUUAUCCCAUGCAGGCAUAUAUUAAUGCUGGUGCAAUAAUUCAAGAAGACAUAAGUGAAGCACCUGUGAUUAUUGGAGUAAAGCAAGUUCCAAUUGAUAAACUGCUUCCUAAUAAAACAUAUUGUUUCUUCUCACAUACAAUUAAAGCACAGGAAGCAAACAUGCCUAUGUUGGAUUGUAUUCUUGAACGAAAUAUAAGGUUAAUUGAUUAUGAAAAACUUGUUGAUAGUAAAGGUCAAAGAGUAGUUGCCUUUGGAAAAUUUGCAGGUGUAGCUGGUACAAUAAACAUACUCCAUGGACUUGGACUCAGACUCCUUGCUCUUGGUCAUCAUACACCAUUCAUGCAUGUUGGCCCUGCUCAUAACUAUCGAAAUAGCGGUAUGGCCCGCCAAACUGUGCGAGAUGCUGGUUAUGAAAUUGCACUAGGUAUGAUGCCUCGAUCCAUUGGUCCUUUAACUUUCGUCUUCACUGGUUCAGGAAAUGUUUCUCAGGGAGCUCAAGAAGUUUUUCAGGAACUUCCAUAUGAAUAUGUGAGUCCUACAGAUUUGCCACAGGUUGCUGUGCAUGGGUCCAUGAAUAAAGUGUAUGGUGCAGUCGUAAGCAGAGAUGAUCAUAUACGUCGUAAAGAAGGCGGAGGUUUUGAUGCUGAAGAAUUCGAACUGCAUCCUGAUCGUUAUUAUUCAAACUUUGCUAAAACAAUUGCUCCUUAUGCAUCUGUUAUUAUCAAUGGUAUUUAUUGGGCUGUUAAUUCUCCAAAACUUCUAACUAUUCCGGAUGCCAAACACUUACUCAGACCCAGUUUCACCCCUUGGUUACCCUCUAGUGAAGGUUCACCCUCUCUGCCCCAUCGCCUGUUAGCCAUAUGUGAUAUUAGUGCAGAUCCGGGAGGUUCCAUUGAAUUUAUGUCUGAGUGCACCACAAUUGAUACCCCUUUCUGCUUGUAUGAUGCUGAUCAGCACAAAAAUAGUGAAAGUUUUGCAGGGCCAGGAGUUCUUGUGUGUUCUAUAGAUAACAUGCCAACUCAAUUGCCUUUAGAAGCUACUGAUUAUUUUGGUUACCUAUUAAGUCCUUAUUUGAACAGUAUUCUGUCCUCUGAUGCCACUAAACCUUUAGAACAGCAUAAUUUCCUUCCUACAGUUCAGGGUGCAAUUAUUGCAAGCAAUGGUUCCUUGACACCUAAUUUUGAAUAUAUUGCAGAACUAAGACAUACCUCAGUGUCACAAAUGAAAGCUCAAUCACUGGUACAAAAAUCUGCGAAGAAGGUUCUUGUUCUUGGAGCUGGUUAUGUUGCUGGUCCUCUUGUUGACUACUUAACAAGAGACUCUACAAUUCAUGUUACUAUUGGCUCAUCCCUUCAAAAUCAAGGAGAAGCAUUAGUUAAGUCUGAUAAUGCAGAACAUGUUGUCUUAGAUGUUACAACUGGAAGCAAUAACUUAGACAAAUUGAUUGAAGAAUCUAGUCUGGUGGUUAGCCUACUUCCUUAUUCAUUACAUCCAACAGUUGCUGAACGUUGUAUAAAACACAAGGUUAAUAUGGUGACUGCCAGUUAUUUAAGUCCCCAAAUGAAAGAACUACAUCAAGCUGCUUGUGAAGCUGGUAUAACUAUUAUGAAUGAGGUAGGAUUAGAUCCUGGCAUUGACCAUUUGUUGGCUAUGGAGUGUUUUGAUGAAAUCAGACUAAAUAAUGGCAAGAUAACAUCAUUUGUAUCAUUUUGUGGUGGCUUGCCAGCUCCAGAAUUCUCAGAUAAUCCUUUAAGGUAUAAGUUCAGCUGGAAUCCUAGAGGUGUUUUACUAAAUACCACAGCUGAAGCAAAAUAUCUUGAGAAUGGCAAAAUUGUGGAAAUUCCAGCUGGUGGUGCUUUAAUGGAUUCUAUCCGAGAUAUCGAUUUCCUCCCAGGAUUCAAUUUAGAAGGAUAUCCAAAUAGGGACUCAACACAAUACAUCAAUGCUUAUGAUAUACAAUCUGCUGAAACUGUUAUUAGAGGAACUCUACGUUAUAAAGGAUUUUCGGAAGCAAUGAAAGCUCUCUUGAAAUUGGGUCUUUUGAGUAUGGAACCUCAUCCUUGUCUUCAUCCAAAAGGACCUGAAAUAUCAUGGAAACAAUUUCUUUGUACUCUUCUUGGUCAUCAAGAUCAAGAAAUGCUAUCAUCCACCCUUAAGAAUAGAGCUUUAGAUUUGGUUGGAAGAUCAAGUAAUUUAUCUGAUUUAGAAAAAUUAGGAAUAUUUGAAGAUGAACCUCUUGUAAAAUGUUCCACUCCUUUAGAUACCUUAACUCAUUACCUGGCAAAUAGACUAGCAAUAAUCAAAGGAGAACGUGAUGUGAUCAUAUUGAGGCAUAAUAUUGGAAUCCAAUGGCCUGAUGGUAAAAAUGAAAUUCGACAAAUUGACUUUAUUGUCUACGGUGAAAAAGAUGGUUAUAGUGCAAUGGCAAAAACUGUUGGUUAUCCAGCUGCAAUUGCUGCAAAAAUGGUUUUAGAAAAUGAAAUACAAACAAAAGGAAUGGUUGUACCAAUGGUACCAGAGAUAUAUAAGCCGAUGCUGAUGAGACUUCGACAAGAAGGACUCUCUCCCACAGAAAACUCAGUUAAGAGCUUAAAUUAGCUUAUGUUAUGAUCUGUACAAGCCAAAACCACUCUGCUUGCAUUUAUGUUUACUGGAGAAAUUAUUUUUGAUAAAUAAUUUAUUUAAUAUUUAUGAUUUUAUUUUUAAAUAUUUUCAAUAAUUUUAGCUAUUUAUACACGAUAUUGUUAAUGUUUACCACUUGAAAUUAUUAUUUUUGUUACAUUUUUAUUCAAAUGUAUUUGAAAAUAUACAUGUUCUGUGCCAUAUUAAAGUAUUUGAAAUUGUUAAAAUCAAAAUGCCAUAGUGAUAAUAGAUUUUACAUUCCAUGUUAUGUAUGUUUUGGUUAUUGUUAAUAAAACUAUUCUUAUA